UGUUGCGGUUGUUGUCCCUGUUGUUGUUGUCGUUGUUGUUGUUUACCGUGUGCUGUGUUUGUGCGCCGUUAGCCAGAGCAGCCGUUGAUGUAGAUGUUGCACCGCAUUAGCAGCAGCAGCAGCAGCAGCAGCAGCAGCACGGUGCGGUGCGGUGUCACAGUAACGGGACCGUCCACCUGAGAGUCACUGACUGGGAACACUCACAUUUCCACCGGCUUUACCUCACGUGUUGUCCCAACCCGCACUUUCCCCUGUCACCGCUUUACCGGUUCCUCCACAGUUACGUUAUCAAGAAACGUGACUUUCCCUCGCGUCAGUUCAUCUCCUGUGUCGAGCUGUGGGGCCUGAUGCAGCAGGAUGUCGUCUCCUCUGCAGUGAAGGAAAGCUGCUCCAGCGUCCCAACGAUGGACUGAAGGUAAUCCAUAAGAGUGAGACACACGAGGCUGACAGUCUGGCUGACGGUCGGGCUGAUGACCAGCAUGGCUUCUUGUUCCUGAAUCAGAGAUGCAUGCUCCCUCUUUGGAUUCAUCCCCCUGACCAUCACUGAGCCGAUCAAACCCUCUGUCAGUCAGUCCCAUCUCCACUUCCACUGUUCUCCGCUCUACUCGACUGUAUUCGAGUCUCUCCUCCACAGUCGUUGUCCUGUUGUGAACCCCUGCAUGUCUGACAGAUAGAGAGGGAAGUAUCAGUAGACGUUUUCACUGUAUAAUUCCUCUCUGGUGUUCAUUGGAGGUCAACAGGGCCACAUGCAGCAAGGGGAUGAUAAUCAAAGGGAGCCAGAGGGGGUGGGUCCCAGUUCAGGUCCUGGAGUUAGAAGAGACACAGUGGGAUCUCAAAAUCCAGGGUUGAAGAGGGCCUCAUCUCAGUCAGAGCACCCGUCUUUCAGUAAAAUGAGCCAGAACGCAAGGGAGAGCAUGGGGGUUCUUGGCCAGGGACUGAAACAGCUGUUCCAGCAGCAGCGUAAACGCCUCUCCCUCUCUCGCUCCACCACCACCUCCUCGUCUUCCUCCUCAUCUUCCUCCGUAGUGUCCGCAGGCGGUACCUCCCCCUCUGCCCCUGAGGAUGCCUCGGGGUCCUGCUGCCCUGACUCUGACUGCCUCUCUGCUCCUGUGGUUCCUUCUGCAGCUGGCCAGGGCUCAGUGGCUGCAGACACGAUGAGGCGUGGGACCAGCCUCCAGAGCCGGCGCAGUAAGGGGUCCGGAUCGGGGAGCGGGGACCGCGAUCCCCUCCUGAGAGGCAGCCCCCAGGCCCCACGCCGCCGCAAUACCACUGAUCCACAGCAGCAUAUCAGCCGCCCGCGGUCCUCCUCCACCACUGACACCACACCCAGCAGCCCUGCCCCUGGGAACACUGGCAGUGAUGUUGUGCUGUCAUCAGGGUACCAGUCCACGGAGGAGACGGACAGGAUCGACCGGCUGGAGGUGAGUGGGCUGGGCCAAACACCCCUUGCUGUGUCUUACGGGGCAGACGGUUCCUACCCAGUGGGUGAGGAUAGCACCCCAGACCCUCAGCGCACCAAGCAGGCCAUCGCCCACCUGCAGCAGAAAAUCCUCAAGCUUACAGAGCAGAUUAAGAUCGAGCAGACGGCGCGGGAUGACAACGUUGCUGAGUACCUCAAACUGGCCAACAACGCCGACAAACAGCAAAGCACACGCAUAAAACAGGUUUUUGAGAAAAAGAACCAAAAGUCGGCGCAGACCAUCCAGCAGCUGCAGAGGAAACUGGAGCACUACCACCGGAAGCUGCGAGAGGUGGAGCACAAUGGUAUCCCACGGCAGCCCAAGGAUGUUCUCCGAGACAUGCAGCAAGGACUGAAGGGUGUUGGAGCAAGAGUCACAGGCUUUAGUGAAGGGGUGGUUGACAGCGUCAAGGGAGGCCUGUCCAGCAUCUCCCACGCCACUCACUCCGCUGCAGGGGCCGUCGUUUCCAAACCUCGAGAGAUCGCCUCGCUGAUUCGCCACAAAUUCGGAAGCACUGAAGACAUCCCCUCCCUCAAAGACUCUCUGGACGACCCCACGGUGGAUGAAGGCGUGACAGGGGCAGGCGGACGUUCCCUGGGCAGCGCUGGGCAUCACCUCCAGUCCAGUCCCAAGUAUGGCAGUGAGGAGAGCUGCUCCAGUGCAACGUCGGGCUCAGCUGGAGCCAACAGCACGACGGGGGCACCCGGAGGCCCACCCAGUUCCAAGGGUAACACACUGGAGAGGAGUCAGAGCUCGAGCCUAGACAUGCUGCUGCAGGAGGUGCAGGAUCUGAGGGAGGGCCAGGCACGGCUAGAGGAGAACCUUGACAGCUUGAAGAGCCACUAUCAGAGAGACUACACAGUUGUAAUGCAAGCACUACAGGAGGAACGCUUCAGGUGUGAACGUCUGGAGGAGCAGCUCAACGACCUGACAGAGCUUCACCAGAAUGAGAUCCUGAACCUCAAACAGGAGCUGGCCAGCAUGGAGGAGAAGAUUGCCUACCAGUCGUAUGAGAGAGCCAGAGACAUCCAGGAGGCGUUGGAGGCCUGUCAGACCAGGAUCUCUAAGAUGGAGCUUCAGCAGCAGCAGCAGCAGGUCGUCCAGUUGGAGGGGCUGGAAAAUGCCACGGCCAGGACCCUCCUGGGAAAACUUAUCAAUGUGCUGCUGGCCCUUAUGGCCGUCCUUCUGGUCUUUGUCUCAACUGUGGCCAACUGUGUGGUCCCCCUGAUGAAGACACGCUCGCGCUCCCUCUCCACCCUCCUCCUCAUCCUCCUUCUGGCCUUCCUAUGGAGGAACUGGGACGCUCUCUCUGGGUACACGCACCGCGCUCUGCAGCCACCGGGAUGACCAGACCAACGCCAGCACAUGUUGCUUUGGUGAUGUAACUGUAACCACAGUCGUGCAGGAUGUUUGCAGAACGUGACUGCCGUUCGGGGUAGCUGUGUGGCCGGGCACUGAAAAUUCGGCUGAGCACUUUCGGACACGCCCUGGAAAUCAAGACAAAGUGGAGGAAACAGAGUACUGUUGAGAACACUUGUGAUUUUACUUUAGGAAGGAAAAGACUGUUUACAUUUUGAGAUGAACUGCUGUGUUGUUUCUCUCAGAGAAUACAGCAACGUACUGUUUUUAUCUUUAGCGUUUUAAUCAAUUAUAAUGUUAUUUCUAAUAAUAUUAUUUUUAUUUUCUAUGUUAUUUUAUUCAGUACCAUGUAGCAUUACACUCCUGUCACUCUACAUGAAGGGGAGUUUAGUCAGGAAAUACGGGGCUGGCGAUUUGCCCCAAAAGACCCAUUUCAAUUGUAGACAUGCAAAUGUGAUGAUGUGGUUGAGUUUAGGAAGAGAACGCUCACCUCGCUGUGACCGGUCGAUUUGAACCAUGGCUGAAAACCUUCCAGGGAGCUGCUCCUUUCUUGCUGUGAUGAAAUUGACUGAACAUGGCGUUUGGGUGUCAUGAUGACUAGAGACUGUUUUGAGCUUCCUCACAUUUCUAAUGACAAAGAUGACAUGCUUUUAAUCGUUUCCUUUUCUUGAGUAUAACAGGAAAAAAUGUGUUGAAUGGGGGAUAUGAUAAUGACUCAUAAAGCUACGAUGGGCUGCUCACACUAGAGACAGCACAAACACAGAGAGAACAUCUGGUUAUUGUCAAGCAUCUGCCAUAAUUGCAACAUGUAUACAAUGCUGCCUGUUUUCAUUAUGAAAAAUUACAAAGGAACCAUUUUUGCUUUUAAAAGCGAUGGAAAAAAGGUCAUUGUCUAAGUAAAAUUAAUUUGCCGGGGUAAUUUCCUCACCCUCCGGCCAUAUUUAAUGUGAUCAGGUUAGGAAAGAGAGACUACUGGUGCUUUUCCAGCUCCAUCUCAGCUGGAUCAGGAAUGCUGCUGCUGCUUCAUAUCCACAGUGCAAGUCAUCUCCACUGCCACACCAGUCAAAUGCACACUGCCUGUACGUGAUACUGUGCUUUUCAAAACUCUCCUUGCAUAUUAUCUCUGUAGCCAUCCUUCUUUUUCUACGUGCACACUUUGUUAUGGUGUAACCACCCAGUGCCAAACCCUAGUUACCCCAGGGAUGCCUGCGCACCCAGAGGGUCCGACCUGACAGGACGGAAAAAGCUGAGGUGGCUCAGCAGGUUUAGCUUUUAUUCAGAUCUGCCACGAAUGUCUCGCCUGGAUGUCAAGAAUGUAUUGUUUUGGCAGACAUAACUUUUGAGGAAUAUCGAUGAAAGGAUUCACAAUCUGAAGAUGAACUUGACUCCAGAUCCUCAGUCGUGUGUUUGCACCCUUGCUUCCUUGAGUACAGUUUCCUCGACUCAGCGUCCACUCACUCUCUUCCUCGACGACUCAAGGACACGGCGAGAUGACCCAGCACAUUUAAUAUUCCCACCUGCAUUUCAUUGCUUUCCUAACAGAUUAGCGUGAUCAUUUGAGCUGUACAGCUGCACUUUAGCACACUGCUAGAUAACACAUAGGUCAGACUGAGGCCACAGAAACCUUUGAUUGAGACUUCAUCAGUGGGAUAAGAAAAGUUGACUCAGGUCAGGAUCACUGUCAUCCUUGUCUAAAGCUAGAACCCACAUAGAGGAACAUAAUGUAGCACAUUUCUUCUCAAAUGUCGUUAAAACCUAAUUCCUCUCAUGCAAUUAUAACGGCAGGAAGUGGAUUUGUUCUCUGUCUUGAUUUCUGCUGUUGUGGGCGCAGCAGACAAAGUUGAGAGUGACUUGACCUUGGCUUGACCUUGCAGUAUCUUUUAUGAUGUAGGGUUGUGUGCUAAACCACUCUAGUGCCUUCUGAUGUCCUUUUCUAAGUGUGGAAUAAAUAAAGUGCAUUCCUGACUAA